AUGGACACCCGAAGCCUCUGCCCCGGGGAGAGGCGCAGCUCCGUAGCCGGGACGGAGGGUUUCGGUGCCGUCACCACCCUGAGCGAGCUCAGCUCUGCUCUGCGCCUCCCAGCCCUGCCCCAGUUGGCCACUGGAAACCAGCAGCUCCUUUACCUGGUGGCCCUGCGGGAGGGAAUGGGCAGGACUCCCACCCUCCUUACGUGGGGUGGUGUAGCUGGGACUGGUUUGAUAUGGUUCACAGAUUGGAAGCUGGUCCUUCAGUAUGUCCCCUACAUCAGUGGCAAGUUCAAAACUGAAGACUAA